GCGAGACGAGCAUAGAGCUACGGAAGGACCCACUCGCCGCCCCGACGAGCCGAAUACGCCAAUACGACAUUCCAUAGCCGUCAAGACGCGGCUUCACCCCCUCAAGCGCCCACUUGACUGGUCCUCGGGGCUAAUAACCGAUGUUUCACAGCUGUUAAACCUAGGUCAGGGGAAAAACCUUAGGGAAUGAGGGGAAGCGUAUACGCAAAAUGCGGAAACACUGUUUUGAUUUGAAGAGCCCCAAAGUACAUAAACUCCGCCGUUGAUCUCGAGCUACAAUAUUGAGCAGAAGACAUCAUCCAAGUUGAUACAACAUGUCCAUCAACCUGAGCGGAAAAACGUGCCUUGUGACCGGCGGUGCAGGCGGGCUGGGCAAGACUAUCGCAACCCGGUACCUCCAAGCCGGCGCCAACGUCGUCAUCUGCGACAUCAACCAAGAUCGCCUCGAUCAAACAUCCAAAGAACUCGCAAUCGGAGACAAUGCCAGCCGACUGCUGACGAUUAAGACCGAUAUUACCUCCGCGUUGGACGUGCAGGCCCUCUUCGAUGAGAUCGUCGCACGGUUUCAGAAGCUGGACAUCCUAAUCAACAACGCCGGAAUCAUGGACCGAUUUGACCCUGUCGGAGAGCUAGAUGAGGACCUCUGGAAUCGCGUGAUCGCGGUGAACUUGACGGCGCCGUAUCUGCUCAGCAAGUUGGCGGUGCAGGAUAUGCUGAAAGGGGACGUGGUGGAUGGGCGCAUCGUGAACAUCGUGUCCGUGGCUGGGAAGGCAGGCUUUGCGGCGGGUGCCGCGUACACGGCGAGCAAACAUGGCUUGGUGGGCUUGACUAAGAACACGGCCACGUUCUAUGGCUCCAAGGGCAUUCGGUGUAAUGCGUUGAUGCUGGGUGGGAUGGACACAAAUAUCACGGAUGCAUUCAUGACAGGGGUGAACAUGGAAGGGAAAGACAAGGCGAUGGAUAUGAUGACGGCUGCUAAGCUGGCAAUGUGCGAUGUCGAUCAGGUGGCGGAUCUUUGUCUCUCGAUCACCUGCGGGCCAGGGUCAAGCUUGAUCAAUGGGACUUGUAUUCCUGUGGACCAAGGGUUGACUGGAUGGUUAGGUUAAGAUAGUUCUAGAAGGAGUUGUUG